AUGAAAGAUGGAAAAUGUUCUAAAUAUUUUCCAAAACAGUUUCAGCCCGAAACAAUUGUUGAUCAAGAUGGGUUUUCGGUAUAUAGAAGAAGGGACAAUGGACAUACAGUUCUUAAGAAUGGAAUUCAAGUCGAUAACCGGAAUGUUGUUCCAUACAAUGCGAAGUUGUUGACAAAGUACCAAGCUCACAUAAACAUGGAAUGGUGCAAUCAAAGUACAUCGAUUAAGUACUUAUUCAAGUACAUCAACAAAGGUUACGACAGAAUCACCGCUGCCAUUGUACCGAAUGAUGAUGGAACUUCCAACCAGCCGCAGAAUAUUGAUGAGAUCAAACAAUAUAUUGAUUGUAGGUACGUUUCUAAUAUAUCACUUGAAAUAUGA